CACUCCGCGAAUACAUUUCUAUUAGGUCAGAGGGGGGAGUUGAAAGGUCAUGUAGUUAUAAAACAGUUCGGACGGGCUUGUGUAACACGGAGGGGGUGACAAUGGAGAGAACCGGGUUUGAAGCGGAGAUUGCGGCGGUGAAGAGGCAGCUGCUUGCGGGGGAGGUGCAGGCGGAGGAGUUCUUCUGUAUGCUGCUGUCAUUAUUGGGGGAGGCCAGGACCCGGGUACUGCUGCCAGACAUCAUCCACCCCCUGAGCUCCUCCAGCCCUGCCCUGCACUCCCAACUGCUGCACAUACACCAGCACUACUACCUACAGGAACCAAGAGACCCUUAUGAUGAGCAAUUGGAGAUCGCAAUUGCUUUGUCUCUUCAAGAAACUUCUCCUUGCGCAGAUGUUCCUACUGGUGACAGAUACCCAGGUUGUACGGUUUCAUUUGCAGAUGCUGCUAAAAAAGGGACUGCCCAGAAUAUAGGACACAGAUCCUCUCUGAACGCCAAAGACUGUAAACCUCCUGGUACUGGACCCUGCAGAGAACUCCCAAAAGCCUUGGUUGGCCUUCACAUCUCCGACCAUGACAGGUCAGAUGUAGACAGCGCAUAUAAUGGUCAGCCUGAGCCUGAAGACUGCGUCCUGAACACCUGUGGGGAGAUUUACCCCAUAGAGUCUCCAGUUACAAAGCCAAAAAAGACCAGAAGGAAUAGAAGAGGACAAAGGAGAGGAAAUGCGUCCAUACCAGGGAGUCCUGUAGCUAUAAAGCCAGUAGUAUUUUGGUUUAGAAGAGACUUGAGACUCUAUGAUAAUCCAGCAUUAAUAGCCACCCUGGAGCGCGGAGCACCAGUCAUCCCUGUCUUCAUUUGGAGUCUGAGUGAGGAGACUGGUCACAACUUUACAUUGGCCACUGGUGGUGCCACUAAAUUCUGGCUGCACCAUGCAUUGUUCCAGCUCAACCAGUCUCUGUUACAGAAGUUUGGCAGCCAUAUUGUUUUUAGGAUGAAUUCAUCGUGUGCAGAAGAACUUGUAUCUGUUGUGCGGGAGACGGGAGCAGACACUGUCAUAGUGAAUGCUCUGUAUGAACCCUGGUUGAAAGAACGCGAUGAUCUUCUUUCCAAAAUUUUGAAAAAGCAAAAAGUGACGUUCAAGAGAUGCCACUCAUACUGUCUUCACGAGCCUUACUCUGUCAGUACUGAGGGGGUGGGGCUAAGAGGUAUCGGCUCUGUCAGCCAUUUUGUGAGCUGUUGUAAGAGGAAUGCGCCUGCGCCAGUGGGCACCCCACUUGAAUCUCCUUUAAGCCUUCCUGUCCCAUCUUAUUGGCCUCAGUCAGCAGACUUGGAUAGCCUAAAUUUGGCCAAAAUGCCUUGUAGGAAAGAUGGCUCUGAGAUCGACUGGGCAGCAACAAUCAGGAAAUCCUGGGACUUUAGUGAAGAUGGAGCUUACGUCUGUUUAGAGAAUUUCCUUAAAGACGGAGUUAAACACUAUGAUAAGGAAUCUGGACGGGCAGAUAAACCUUACACCAGCCAUCUUUCUCCUUAUCUCCACUUUGGUCAGAUUAGCCCCAGGACAGUUUUACAUGAAGCGCACUAUACGAAAAAGAGUGUCCCGAAGUUCCUGAGGAAGCUGGCAUGGAGAGACCUGGCAUAUUGGCUGCUUGUCCUGUUUCCUGACCUGCAUGUGGAACCAGUCAGACCUGCAUACAAGAGUCAGCGAUGGAGCAGUGAAAAGAAACAUCUGCGAGCCUGGCAGAAGGGAAUGACUGGAUACCCCCUGGUAGAUGCGGCCAUGCGAGAACUGUGGCUCACAGGCUGGAUGUGUAACUACUCCAGACAUGUUGUAGCUUCCUUCCUGGUCGCUUAUCUGCAUCUUCACUGGAUUCAUGGAUACCGAUGGUUCCAGGACACCCUUGUGGAUGCAGAUGUCGCAAUCAACGCCAUGAUGUGGCAGAACGGGGGAAUGUCAGGCCUCGACCACUGGAACUUUGUAAUGCAUCCAGUGGAUGCAGCUCUGACCUGUGACCCAGACGGAUCUUACAUUAGGAAGUGGUGCCCAGAGCUUGCUGGCUUACCUGAUGAAUACAUCCACAAGCCAUGGAAAUGUGCCCCAUCUCAGCUCAGAAGAGCAGGCGUCACCUUGGGUGAAAAUUACCCGAACCGCAUUAUAGUGGAUUUGGAAGACAGACGUGAACAGUCCCUGAAGGAUAUAGUAGAAGUCCGUAAAACACACCCCGAGUACACAGAUGAGGUGUCCGGCAGUGACAUGAUUCCCGUUCCCAAUCAUCUUCUUGCUCUCACUUUGGGGCAGCCUGAAGGAGAAGACGAUGUCAUUGAAAGUCGGACAGGACGAUUCUUAUUACCUGUCAUCACAAGGAAGGAGUUCAAAUAUAAAACUUUACGGCCUGAUUCAAAGGACAACCCCUACAACACUGUGCUGAAAGGCUAUGUAAGUCGUAAGCGGGAUGAAACCAUUGCUUACAUGAAUGAAAGACACUUUACAGCCAGUACAAUCCAUGAAGGUGCCCAGCUGUAUGAGAGGAGGGAAAGGACUGCGAGGAUCAUGGAGGACAUCCCACAACCCAGGGACCCAAAGAAAACUACUAGGAGGACUCCAAGGAGCGACCCCUUCUCUAUAAUCCCUCCAGCUUACUUUCACCUGGCUAACUAGGAGAUACAAUGCUAUAUGGCUUAUCACUUCAUUACUUAUCUGUUACAUAUCAGGUUUUAUUUAUUCUUUAGCACUAUACUACCUCUGUCCUACCAGCCAGCAUUUAUACUGUAUUAAUAAUUAUUGGAUUGUUUUUAAUCCAUCUUCAGUGCUGCACUUUUCCAUUAUCCAGUUUUUUGGUUCACAUCCGACCCGUUAAGGGUCUUAUCUGUUUUUUUGUUGUUGUUUUUAGCAGAUCGGACACUAAAAUGGGUUGGAUGCAAACUGCUACUACUGGGUCCCAACAGACCCCAUUCACUUGGAUGAGGCCAAUAGGUGACCCGGUAAUUUUACAGGAGUUUAGCAGAGGAAAAAAAAAGUGCAAGAUUCCGACUGCAAUGUGAGCCUUAAUGGAAUCUAUUUUACCUUUGUAUUUCUCUUAAUAAAUAGUGGAUGUUUUUAUUUGAAGCCAUUCUCAGAUUUGGAUGCUUUUU